GUCUUAAUCAUGUUGUUUAUCCAAUACUUUGUGAUAACUUGUAUGUUUAAUAAGAGGAAUGACAAUAGAAGUGGAUGAAUAAGCCCUUAUACAUAUUUGAUUAUUCCUGAAAAUUAUAAUGGACAUUACAAUGAAGAAGAAGGCUGAACGUAUUGUUAAUUAUUGUGUACUUUUGAUUCAUUCUGCUAUGGCAAUACCCACAAACUUAGUUUUGAGAAUCGCUAUUAUAUACACUAUUUGCUCAUUAAAUGAAAAAUUGUGGCAUCGCCCAUUAAGAGCUAUAGAUAAGAAAUAGCCAUUUUACAGAGUAAACUUUACCUAUUCAAAACGACGGCAGUUAGAAGAGGACAAAAAUAGAUGCACAAGUAAUCGAGCU